ACCGGGCGGGCGCGGGUGCCCGGGCAGCGCGUGCCGAAGGCGGAGGGGAGGAAGCCGGGCGCCUGCGACCAAGGUGGCCGCGCCACGGACCGCGGGGACUGAGCCCGUCUCGCUGCUUUCCCAAAGACUUCGGCAGGCGACCCGAGCAGCCGUCCCUGAGACAGACACAGAACAACAUGCUGGUCCAUUAAACUCCAAACUUUUCUUUUUUUUAACUCAGAGAAUAUUGGUGAUUUUGUCCACAACUAAGUGAAGAGAGAGCGAGAGCCCAGGGCUCUUGAGAUGCCGCAAAAUCCUUAUUUAUAAACAGGCCCGCGGUCGUGCUAGGCAGCGCCCCGGGCUCGGUGAGCUGUUCUCUGUCCUAUGGAUAUCCGCCCUGCGCUUUGAGAUUGGAUCGCCUGUCCCUCCGCACUGGGUCGCGCGGCCUCCACCCUUUCAAUGCCCGGUUUCUGCUGGGACUGCUGGCCUUCCCUGGAGAUCCGGGCGGUGCUGUGUGCCAUGGGCUGCAUCCAGAGCAUUGGGGGCAAAGCCAGAGUCUUCCGAGAAGGGAUCACGGUGAUCGACGUGAAAGCCUCCAUCGACCCGGUCCCCACCAGCAUUGACGAGUCCUCCAGCGUGGUGCUCCGCUACCGGACGCCUCACUUCCGGGCCUCGGCCCAAGUGGUCAUGCCGCCCAUCCCCAAGAAGGAGACGUGGAUCGUGGGCUGGAUCCAGGCGUGCAGCCACAUGGAGUUCUACAACCAGUACGGGGAGCAGGGCAUGUCCAGCUGGGAGCUCCCUGACCUGCAGGAGGGCAAGAUCGAGGCGAUCAGCGACUCGGACGGGGUGAACUACCCCUGGUACGGCAACACCACGGAGACCUGCACCAUCGUGGGCCCCACCAAGAGGGACUCCAAGUUCAUCAUCAGCAUGAAUGACAACUUCUACCCCAGCGUCACGUGGGCCGUGCCCGUGAGCGAGAGCAACGUGGCCAAGCUGACCAACAUCUACCGGGACCAGAGCUUCACCACGUGGCUGGUGGCCACCAACACGUCCACCGACGACAUGAUCAUCCUGCAGACGCUGCACUGGCGCAUGCAGCUCAGCAUCGACGUGAACCCCACGCGGCCGCUGGGCCAGCGCGCCCGGCUGCGGGAGCCCAUUGCGCAGGACCAGCCCAAGAUCCUCAGCAAGAACGAGCCCAUCCCGCCCAGCGCCCUGGUCAAGCCCAACGCCAACGACGCUCAGGUCCUCAUGUGGCGGCCCAAGUACGGGCCUCCGCUGGUGGUCAUCCCGCCCAAGCACCGGUGACACCCGGGCCGCCGGGCCGCCCGCUAGGUCAGACUCAGAGUAAUACCACGGCUCGGACGAAACCAAACGCACUCCCGGGCCGUUCAGCAAAUACAACCAUUCUACCUUCUCUGCGGUGGGCGACCUCACUGUGCCUGCUGUCCGCCCCCCGGCCACCCACGUGACCCCUGCUUCGUCGCGGGGACGGGGCACCCUGUCGUCUCCCCCCUCGCCUCCCCAUCGCAGUCGUUCGCUCGCAGGUGACUCCCCGAAACCCUGCUUUCUCUUUUCAGUUCCUCUCGGUGGGGUUCAGGGCGGGGCUGACACCCAGCGAUGCCCUGGCCGGCGUGCUGUGGGUGCGCUGGUGGCCGGCCCCUGCGUCCCCUGUCCUCUGCCACGCGGCCUUAUGUAGACUUGCUUUGCCAAACUUUUGCCUUAAGCUGGAUUUAAAGGAAAAAGAAAGGAAUCCGAGAAAGAGUGCGGGAUCCUGUGCCCGCCGGCCCCCUCCAUCUUCCCAGAGCCGGCGGGAGGGCUGGAGGGCUGUGUCGCCCGAGCCCCUCUGCCUGGGGUCGGGCGCGGCGCAGAGGGAGCGUCCAUCUGAACCGCUGUUUGAUCUUCAGUUCUGGCGCGGGCAGACCUUGCCUAGGAGCUCCUGCCUCCUCUCCCCGGGCUGGGGGCGGGGCUCAGGGCGCGUCUGCUUGGCUUCUCCCUUCUGUGCGGCCUUAACUGGCCUGGGGUGGCUUGAGGGGUGGCAAGGGCGCUGUGAGCGGUCAGUGGUGCUCCUCUGUCCCCACCUGCUCCCGUGCCCGUCCUCUAAGGGGGUGGCUGUUCCUUUUCCAUGCACACCAGUCCCAAAGGCCCGGGGCCACCCCCAGCCCCCACUGCCAAGACUGCCCCGGUCUGAGCCUCCAGGUCAGAAAGGCACACACGUCCCUUGCCAGCUGCAUUUGAAGACUUGAAUCCGGUGGCCCUGGCGCCCGGCCGCCGCCUCUAGGGCAUCGCGGGGAGCCAAGCCAGGGCGCCUGGCUCGUUCUCAGGGGAUGCCCCCCCAGGCUGUCUGGGGGAGGCUGCACACAGGCCCCGAGCCCGGCGUGGAAGGGGAGGCCACGGUGUCACUGGCGUGGACAGUGACUGACAGAGGCGCUGCUGCUUCCUGUCCUCAGGAAGGAAACUCCGGCCGGGCCCAGUGCUGGGUGGGGGCUGGGCCGGCACAGCCCCACAGGUGGCCGCUCCUGGGGUCCACUCUCCGGACCCCCAGGACUUGGUCUGGAGCAGCCCCCGGGCUUCUUAGCACCGCCUGCCUGGCGCCCUGGGGGACACUCGCUGAAGCCACACUCCGUCAAGCUUGCCUCAGGCCUAGCUGUGCCCCCAGCGCUGCACAGACUAACAACCAAGCACAGACGCCGUCAGACCAGAACACAAUCCGUUUCCGCUGCACCUGAGCCACUUGUAGGGCGUCCGUGCUGAGGGGUCGCGGGCGCCAGGCCCUGGCUGUUGCUGGGGACCCAGGGGCUGAGGGCUCGGGGCCCGGGCCAGUGCGGGAUGGCCCCCGAAUGCGCUGCGCCCGGCCAUGGCGGCCGGGGAUGCUCAGGAGCCCAUGUCAGAGCCAGGUCCCUCUGGGGCACAGAGGGGCCGUGGCCUGGCGUGUGAGAGCGGGGGGCCCAGCACCCCGUACUUGGCCUCCCAGCAGGAGGCCCUCUCCACACUCAGGUCUUUCUUGCACUGAUGAGAUAGGCACUGGGAGGGCCAGGAAGGGGAGGGGGCUGCCACCCUGGGCUGGGUCGCCGCUGAGGAAUCUCCCUAAAAGUGGGGCCAGGGAGCAGGAAGGACAGGAAGGGGGUCCUCAGAGCCACAUUUCUUUUUCAUCUACUACUUGCUGUGUAGCCCAGGCUGUCCUUGAACUCAUGGCGAUCCUCCUGCCUCAGCCUCCUGGGUGCUGGAAUGAGAGUGUGUCACCUCGCCCGGCUCCAGACCCAUAUUCCUUGGUGUGAACAAACGCUUCACAGCCCAGGGCCCGCCCCCCCCCCCGCAUGUCCCUGCCCAGCUCUGGCUCCCCUUUCACCCCAGACCCCUUUUCUCCCCCUCCUGCCUCAUGAAAGGCGGGGUGGGGGAGACCCAGAGAUGCGGGGCGUCUGGCCAGGGAUGCCAGCCUGGGCCGGCCCCUCGGCCUGCUUCCUGUGUUGGAGCACAGGCCCAGGCCUUCCCGCCGGGGCCCCAGUUCCCUGCUGUCCCCACCCAGCGCAGCUUGGACACUCACUCCUUCCAGCAAUAAGAACCGUCCUCAGCUGCGGAGAUUACUGUGAAUUGACAGUGCACUUACCAGAGGCGCAAGACUCGACGAUGUACAGUGAACCUUUUUUUAAGAUUUCAAAUGAAACACAAAUAUCGAAAGAAAUAAAAUUAAUUUUAAAGUAG